AUGAUAUAUACUCGACAACAGGUUGACCCUGUUUGGUCUUGUUCCACUGCUAUUCUUUCUUUCCUUUGUUUGCUUUCUUUUCCGACUGCCCAGCAUGCUGGUGCUGUCUUUCGCUCUUUUCUUGCUCUCUGCUGUGCAGAGUUCCACCGCAGCUUUGACGGAAUCCAACUUGGAGAAAAAGGUUGAUGUGCUGGCACUGAAGAAUUCCUUUAAUCCUGUCAAAGAAGCCUACUGGACUGGCUAUCCUCACCACAGACGAACCCCGUUUGCUGUUUCCCCCGAUGGCAAGUCCGCCUACAUUGCCUAUCUUGAUAGCAGUGAAACCGAUGUUCAUGUUCAGCAGCUUGAUCCGAGUAGCUUUGAAGCUACUGGCACUGCGGUAACUGUUACUGGAGGCAAAGAGGCUGGUGGUCUCGUCGCCCACGAUGACGGCUUCGCACUGUUGACCAACGAGGCCAUGCCUUCUGGAACCACAAAUGCCCCUCCGAGUGAUACCCCCGUUCCUGUGCUCUACCGGUACACCGACGGAGAACAGACAUGGAAGACUUGGCUAGGUGGUCCUGGAGUCCACGAGUCCGAUGGUCUUUCAGCUUCCCCAGACAUGAACGGUGACCUUGUCUAUUCGGAGGAAGCAGGCUUAUACGGUGCCUACUUUGUUGUGACAGACUACUCUGGAGACGCCUCGGGACAUUAUGGCGACAGUAUUGAAUAUGUUUCCAAGAACGGUACGCUCGAGACUAUCGAGGGUGCCACUAGCUCCUGGGGAUGCAGCCACAACACCGGGAUCGCGUUUGAGGCCGCCGAUGCUGCUCCAUUUGCUAGUAUCUGUGCGGAAGAUCAGGGUGCGAUCUGGCUCAACACCAAGACCCAGGGAAUGACGACCGACGGUGUCAAGAUCUCCAACGAGAACACAACAAACGGAGCUGACGGUGAGCCGAUGGGUGGUAUGUCGGGUAGCUACAGCGGUCUGGCCAGAUUUGCUGGUAGUACCCGGUACAUCUUCUCGUGGGUGUCCCGUGGUGCCAUUGAUCUGACCGAGAAUGAAUGGAUGGGCAGUGGUUACACCAACGCACAGAACCGCACCAACAACCGAAACGUUGCUAUUUCCUUAUUCUCCGACAAGUAUACCAAGGUUGGCUCCCAAGCCUCAUCGAAGGUCGGGGCAGAGGACGGCGACAGCCAAGUGAACUGGAUUACAGAGGGCAGCAACGACUGCUCCAACGCUCACGUUGCAACCUUUGGCACCGGCAAUGCCCUGGUUACGUGGGAGGAGAUUUCGGAUCCAGUUUGCGACUUUAUUGCUAUGGGAUGCCGUGGCGAAUUUGCGGGAUCGUUCUUCCAGCAGGUCGACCCUGAUGGCUCCAAGGUUGGCGAGCCGAUCAAGAGCACUGAUGCCUAUGUUGCGGGAGAUAUGGUGACCAUGAGCGAUGGUCGCAUCUGCUGGCCGUAUGUGAGCAUGGCCUGGGAUCUGUCUCAGCCCGUCGCUGCCCUGAGUGUUUCGACGACCAAGAAGAUGAGCUUUGCCUGCAUCAGUCUUGAUGGGUCAUCUAGCAACACUACCACGGAGUCGUCUAAAGCAGCAGUCACGGAGACCACCUCUGUCGCCAGUAAAUCUACUGUCGAAACUCCGACCACACUUAUGACCAAGGCGCGCGUCUCAUCUACCGGUACUCCCGCAGAAUCCUCUGCCGGCUCUGUCUCGGAGAUUUUGCCGACAGCUGAAGCCCAGAAUGCGCCCUCUACGACUCCAACUCCAGAGGCCGCAGCUCCACCCGCGAGCUCCUGUGGAGACAUUCUGCCUCAAUCAUCUAGCACCCCUAUUGCUUCAAACACUCCCUCGCCUCAGCCUACAUCUUGGUUCCCUGGAUGGUGGCCAAACUGGGAUUUCACCAGACCUGCUGCUGGCAACUGGGGAUUCUAGUAGAGACCAGCAAUAAGGUCCAACGAUCGGUUGUAGAUGGUCAAUAUUUGUUCUAUUCCUGUCGAUUUCUAUUUGGACAAUAGAAUAUAUUCUAUCUACAGUAAUCCUUUUUUUCAUAAAUCGUAUCAUAAUCACUGUCUGAUAGGCUAUACACAUUGUCUGAUUUACUUUAGCAUCUUUACUGCUCAAUAUAUAUUUUAGCCGAG